AUGGUGAAGGAGGGCAUUGUUCUUAGUCACAAAAUUUAUGCAAAAGGGAUCGAAGUUGACAGGGCAAAAGUAGAAGUGAUAGAGAAAUUACUCCCUCCCAUCUCUGUAAAUAGUGUACGUAGUUUCUUAGGCCAUGCUGGAUUCUACCAUCGGUUUAUGAAGGACUUCUCCAAGAUCGCUAAUCCAUUAUGUAAAUUGUUGGAGAUGGAAGAUAGCUUUGUAUUUGAUGAGGAGUGCAUGAAGUCAUUUAAAUUCCUUAAAGAGAAGCUUGUUGCUGCUCCUAUUCUGGUUACUUUAGACUGGUCUAAACCUUUUGAAAUCAUGACUGAGAAAUACAGAAAGAAAGGAUUUCUACAGUUGUUAAAGAGCGAUGGGAAGACUGACAAACCAUCAAGGACACGACGAAUUUUCAGCGAAACCAUCAAAGCCAUAGUUAAAAAAUGGACAUUAUGGAUAAGGCUUGAUGGUCAAGUUGGUGGACGGUUGCUCUCCCGGCAGACCAUUACUUCCUACGUCACGCUGAGGCCAAAUUAUGAUGUUUUUAGAAUAAAAUAA